UCUCUUCACUCCUCAUAAUCUACACAGCAGCCACAAUCAUUGACCUCUUUUCAUAACCAUAGUCACUUUGUGUUGAUUUUCAUAGAGAAUUUUUUUUAUCAUGGGUGUACAAAUUCAAGAAUAUUCUACCCCUAUUUCUGUGCCCCCUGCUAGGGUCUUCAAAGCCAUGUCAAUAGAUAUUCAUAAUCUUUUCCCAAAGAUUGUGGACAUCAUUGAGAGUGUUGAGCUCUCCGAAGGUACUGGUGAGGCUGGAACCAUCAAGAAGCUCAACAUAAUUGAAGGUGGAAAACCCAAGUAUGUGCUACAUAGAGUGGAUGAAAUUGAUGAAGCUAAAUUUGUGUACAACUUUAGCAUUACUGGUGGCACUGGUUUGGCUGAAACAUUGGAAAAAGUCUCAUUCAAGAGCCAAUUGGUGGAAACACCAAAUGGUGGAACCAUUAGGAAUGUACAUGUUGACUAUUUUACCAAAGGUGAUUAUGUUGUCACUGAGGAGGAGCUGAAAGCUGGUCAAGCAAAGGUUGAAGGACUUGUAAAGCUUUGUGAAGGUUUCCUUUUGGCAAAUCCUGAUUAUUGAAUGUGUUUAAUUAGGAUUAAUUAAUAAGAACUUGGCUAUAUGAUGAUGAAGCCUAAGUAUGAGUUAUGAGUGUUUCUCUUGUCUUUUGUUUUUGGCUUGGCUUUAAUUUUUAACCUUGUAUUGGUUCAUGUCUCUUUGUGGGAUGGUGGGUGUGUUGUAACUUGUAAUGCCUUUCUUUGACUAGUACUUUUGGACUUUUAUCAUUCAAUGCAAAAACAUGCAUUCAA